CUCUCUUUUAUAUAACAGGCAAAUGACAUUUGUGUAAAUUCACCGGCGGUAGACGAACUUGCAAAAUUAUCGUGUUUUCAACCAUAAAUAUAGCAUUUUAAUACACUCGUAACGAGACGUCGCACAGUCGGUCAAGUUUAAAUAAAUUUCCACGCAACAAUAAUAUCAGCUGCACAAAACAAUGGCCAGCGAAGGAGCUAGUAACAAAAAUGCAGAUUGCACACUGUGUGACAAGAUUGGGCUUAAACCCUUCACCAAGGAAAACGUUUUCCACUACUACAUCCCACUGCAUGGUGUGGUGUCGUAUUCUGCACUUGCUGUUAACGUAAUGAAUCCCGGUUUCGUAUCCAAGAUUUUACCCAAAAAGGAUUUGACUAAUGUGCUUUUACUAAGUUCAUUGGCCGGCACCGCCUUCUAUAUAUAUGGACGUCCACAUCUAAGUAAAAUACCCAAUUCGCGACGUGGUCUGUACGCGAUUCUAGGAGGCUCACUCUUCAGCAUGGGUUCAGUACUUGCAUGGGCUUUGAUGAGGUCGGUGCUACCAAGAGAAAACGCAGCUUUGGCUACCAUUGCCGGUUUGGCUUCCGGAGCAGUUUUAGUAAAGCUUAGCGUUGACUACUUCACCGAUUGUGACAAAUUGGUAGACAAAAAUUAAAUACAUUGAUGUGUACCGUGAUUUUGUUGGUGCUCCUCCAUAGCCUCAAGGAAUGAAAUCUAAUUUUAGUCGCCUUUCAUCUUUUUUUUAUGCAGCA